AUGUCUGAUGCUACAGAGUUCAAGCUCUAUCAUUACAAACCCUCUUUGGCAGCAGCCGUCACAUUCGUCAUCUUGUUCACGUUCGUCUCCUUGCGACACGUCCAGUUGCUCUUCAGCACAAGAACGUGGUGUUUCAUCCCUUUCUUGAUAGGAUGUCUUUUUGAAGCGGUUGGUUACGUUGGACGGGCUCUCAAUGCCAGGGAAAGCCCUGACUGGACGCUGAAGCCAUAUAUCAUCCAAAGCACUUUGACUUUGCUCGGUCCGACAUUCUAUGCUGCAUCUAUCUACAUGGUACUUGGACGACUCAUCCGACUGCUGGAUGCGGGGCAUCAUUCGAUGAUAAAACCCAAAUGGCUUACAAAGUUUUUUCUACUAGGAGACGUACUUUCUUUUCUCAGUCAAGGCGGUGGCGGCGGCAUGCUCACUUCUGCCAAGACUGAGUCAUCGCAGAAACUGGGAAACAACAUCAUUCUUCUUGGACUUGGCAUCCAGAUUAUCUUUUUCGGAUUUUUCAUGGUCGUUAGUGUGGUAUUCCAUUUUCGCAUCACACAAAGACCAACGUCGACAUCACGAUCUACAAAUGCCCCCUGGCGGCAACUCCUCUGGCUACUCUAUGGAGGAAGUCUGCUUAUCAUGGUGCGUUCUAUGUAUCGUAUGGUAGAGUACGCACAAGGGAACAACGGGGCGUUGAUGCAAAAAGAGAUGUACGUCUACGUGCUUGACGCGACAACUAUGUUCAUCGUUGCGGGUGUGUUCGCAAUCUGGUAUCCUGGUAAGAUGCUCAAGGAGCACACCAAGAUACACGAUUACGUCGACGCUGCCACAGAGCUGCAUGGCUAUCCAGUGGUAGAAGGUAGUAAACGGAAAUUAGGAGUAUGA